AAAAGCGCGACUCAAAACAAAGCGAAAAAACGGCCCGGAUUGAAAAAUGUGACGCAAAUCCAGUGCCGCUUCCAUUUAAAAUUAAGCAUAUUUGGAGCGAAAUCAAUAUGUUGGUGACGUAAAAUUUUCUAUUGACUGGCAGUCGAGAGAGAGAUGAAACAGUCGUUGGCACAGAAGCCGCUUUCGGGUGGAUUUUCCGCGGAAAGUACGUGAGCUAAACGGGCGAAAGGUCGCAGAAGGGGUUUCCACGGGCGAAAGCGCCCCGAUUCGCAGUCCCUCCCUGGACGGGGCGCCCUACAGGCGGCCGCAGCCCAAAGAGUACAAAUCGCCACGAUGGACAGAAUAAACGGAGAAAUGCACCCCCUCAUCACGAAAGACGUCGCGGAAGCCCUGAUUUCGAAGCAGAUUCACACGGUUCUGGAUUUCAUCAAGGCGGAGCCGCAGCAGGUCGUCAAGGCGGCGAGGCUCAAUUUCAGAGAAGUGCUGGCCGUGAGGAAUUUUUUGCUGAAAAAAUUUUCAGCGGGGCCUAGGAACGGGUUCGACUGCUACAGGGACACGAUUAACAACGCGGCGAUUAUCCCGACGGGAAUUAAAGGGGUCGACAAUCUACUCGACGGGGGUUUAUUUACCGGAAAUAUCUACGAAAUAUGUGGACUUCCGGCUGCCGGCAAGACCCAGUUUGCGUUAAACGUAAUUAAAAACGUAGUCCAAAAUACACAACAACACGUUUACGUAUUUGAUACCAAAAACGACUACUCUGGUGCCAAAAUAAAGAGUCUUUUAAAUGAACAAAAACACCAAAGAAACUGUUUGAGUCGCAUUUUAGUCAGUCGAGCCACCACCAAGUAUGAUUUAAUCAACGGCUUAUAUGAAGUGAAAAAGGACCUAGAAAGGGGGCUAAAACUACGUCUGAUCAUCAUAGAUUCACUCCCAUGCACAAUUUUAAACUCAAUUGACCGAAUAGAAAAUAAUGCAAGCCUCAAUCAUCUUGUGAAUAUAAUGAGAUAUGUUGCAAUAGAGCACCACAUCGUGUUCCUAGUUGUCAACUUAAUAGUUACAUGGAACGAAAACGACGGUCGGGAUACCGUAGAAAAGACGCUUUGUGGAAAAUACUGGUCCACCGUCCCCAACACCCGAAUUAAAAUCGAAAAAGUGGAAAGCAGUGGAAUGUACAAGGUGGUGAUCCAAAACAGCGACACUUUGGUUAACAAGCUCAACAGUGGGACCGACAUUCGGCUCAGCAAUGAGGGUUUUUUAUGAUUAAAUUACGAUUUGUUUUAUGUUUUAUUUUCAAUUUUAAAUAUAUUAUUUUGGAAGUCA